UCCCCCCAUUGAAGACUUCUCCAAAGAAUUCAAGCAAAAAUGGAUCAGAUAGUGCACAAGUUCGUGGAAGUCAGCGGAGUGAAGCUUCAUUUAGCCGAGAUCGGAGACGAAUCAUCGCCGGUGGUGGUGUUCCUCCACGGUUUUCCGGAGAUAUGGUACAGCUGGCGGCACCAGAUGAUUGCCGUCGCCAAUGCCGGUUACAGAGCUAUAGCGCCCGAUUGCCGAGGCUACGGACUCUCGGAUCCACCUCCAGUGACCGAGAAAUUUGGAUUCUCCGAUCUCGUCGACGAUCUUCUCGCAAUCCUUGAUUCUCUCGGCAUUGCUAAGAUUUCCAUAAUCGCGAAAGACUCUGGGACUAGACCAGCGUACCUCUUUGCGCUCCUCCACCCCACGAGAGUAACUGGAGUUAUAUCGCUUGGAAUACCACAUACACCCUUCGGACCCCCUAAUUUCCUCAAAGAGCUGCCUGAAGGUUUCUACAUCAAUAGAUGGCGGGAACCUGGAAGAGCCGAAGCUGAUUUCGGCCGUCUUGAUGCAAAAACUGUUGUACGAAACAUAUACAUCUUGUUUUCUAGAAGCGAAUUGCCAGUCGCCAGCGAGAACCAAGAGAUUAUGGAUAUAGUCGAACCAUCUACCCCUUUACCGUCGUGGCUCACGGAGGAGGAUCUUUCGGCCUAUGGAACUCUGUACGAGAAAUCCGGUUUUCUAAAUUCACUCAAAGUUCCUUACAGGUCGAUGGACGAAGAAUACAACAUAGUAGAUCCCAUAAUCAAGAAUCCGAUGCUGCUGAUCUUGGGGGAGAAGGAUUAUUUCUUGAAAUUUCCAGGAGUCGAAGAUUUAAUAAAGAGCGGAAUUGUUAAACACUUUGCGUCGAAUUUGGAGAUAGAAUGGUUACCCGAAGGAAGCCAUUUUGUUCAAGAACAAUUUCCCGAUCAGGUAAACUCGCUAAUUCUCGCCUUCCUCCGUAAGCAUAGCUGAUCAUAAUCCCAUUAGCAGACUCGCCUCAUUUGAAUAAUGUAUGAUCGAUCUCGAGCUCAUGUUCGAGUUUGUUGACUCGUGUAUCACUUAUCGUGUCUUUUUCAUUGAUGAAUUCAGACGCUUCUUUCUUUUCGAAGAUUAUAUAUAUGUAUACCUACGGUGAAACUUGAACCC